AUGCUUACCGUAUUUUUUUGGUAUAUAUUUUUUCAGGCCACUGGUUCAGAACCUCAGCCGAGUGCACCAUCUUCAUCAGGCGUUCGGGGUGCUGAGUACACUGAUUUAGUGGCGAGGUUGGAUAGGAUCGAGGCUGACACUCAGGGUCUGUAUGCUGCUCAUGUCGAGCUGAAGAAGGCAUACGAGACCAGCCAUGUAGAGCUGAAGGGUGGUCAGAACGUAAUUAUGGAGCAGCUCAGAGACAUAUUGGCCAUGUUGAAUCGUCCGCCAACGACAGCUUCAGCACCGGAGGCCCCAGCAGAUCCAUCUACCCCACCACCAGCUGCUUCACCCCCAGUAGAAGAGGAGGAGGUCUUCCCCGAUGGGUACGAUCCUUAUGAGGGAGCUCCAGCGACUCCGAUCGAGGCACAACCUGUUAUCCAUGUACAUGACACCGAGUCGCAGGGUGAGAUUCUGUCGAUAGAGGCACAACCUGCAGUGGUUAAGAGUCGGAAGAGGAAGAGAAAUCCUCCUGUAUGGUUCGGUGACUAUACGGAGAUGAAGAGGAGACAUAGGCCAUCUUCGACGUUUGAUCCCCUGGAGCCACCGGAUGAGAAAUUGUUAAUCACUUUUCGAAAGUGGUGUGUUGGACUCAUUCCGAACCACCGACUUCGGGAUUUGAGAAGUGGUGAUUACGGUCCAGGAUUCUUUUGGAUAAUGCUCACACCAAAGGAAUGGCUUACAGAUGACCAUAUAGAUGCAGGAAUGCAUAUGCUGAGGAGGCGACGUACCGACUAUCCACUGACAUUUCCUCAGAAGGGUGUCAUUCUCUCCACAUUCGUGACCAGCAUGAUCAGCAGUGCAUGGACGAGCCACAAGGGUCCGAGGAGAAACUUUGUGUGGGAGGAUUAUAUCCUGGACUACUGCAGAUGGGUUCAUAAGGUAUUGUUUUAGUAAGAUUUUAAAUGUUAAUUGUUUGGGAGGAUUAUUAUGGUUUGUUAAUUGUUUCGUUGUUCUCUGUAAUUACAGUCCCAAGUCUUUGAGAGAUGGAGGGGUAACGAGUUUAUUUACUUCGUUCUGCAUCUUCCCGAGGCAAGGCACUGGGUCACACUUGAAGUCGACAUAGAGCUGUGGAAAAUUAAUGUCUACGACUGUGAUUCCAGCGUCUGUCAUUGGACUGCCAUGGAACCCAUCCUGAAGACUUGGGGAGAACUGCUGCCCUCGUUAAUCCUUGCAACCGGGGAAUUUCCACAUAACAACCAGAUCAUGGCGUUAACUAACAGGGACAUCACGAUGCUUCCAAAAAUGCAUUCGACUCGAGCCACUCACGACUUAGUUCCGAAGUCAACAACCAGGUACAUAGCGAUAAAAAAGUACUAUAGUAUUAAAAUAUGUUUUACGUUAGACUGACUUUACAUUUUAUUUUGCAUUUAGUGGUGAUUGUGGCGUCUAUUGCAUUGAGUAUGUGGAGCAUCUCAUGAUGCAACGUGGAUUGACUGAUGUGACGCCAGGCCGGAUAGCUAUGUUUCGUCAACGGUGGUGUGUUGAUUUAUUUUACCAAAAUGUCGGCUGAUUAUAUGUGUAAUUAUUGGGACAUUGUAUAUUUUGUGUAAUUAACAUUACAGUUAUGUAUAUAUAGACUUUCUCUUCGUUCAAAUUUUGAUAA